AUGUUUCGCUCGCUGGUAGCAAUCGCUACUGGGCGCAAGAAAUACAUCUUUCCCGAAGUCGAUCCGAAAGUUGACGGGGCUAACUGCCGAGACGACUGCAAUGACUGCACUGUGAAGUGCCCUAACAAUGUCAAAAUCGACACUACUCUUCCGAUGUAUGGAUUCAUCAAGGAGUUCCACGCGCACGUCCUUGUUGCAACCGGAAAGACGGAUUGGGCUCCCAAGAUCGAACAGGAAGAAGGGAGCUUGAUGGAAGCCUUUAAAUCGGAGGGCAAGUCCAAGCACGGGCGCAUCAUGAUUUCGGCUUCAAACCUCAAUGGGCCCAACGGAGAAGUGCCUGGGGGCUCCAAGACCACAAUUCUGUUGCUGCCAUCCUUCACUUUCGUGGACGAGGUUGCUUACUCGGAUGUCAAGCAUGUCGUCGAGAAAUUCAUUGAUGUGCCACUGGGAAGUCCAUCCCAGCCCGUUACUGAUUCGCGAUUGACUUCGCGCCCGUGUCCCCAUGACUAUGUCAUUCUGUUGUGCUCCCACAAGCGCCGCGAUGCUCGCUGCGGAAUCACUGCUCCCUUGAUCAAGAAGGAAAUGGAGCGUCACUUGCGCAAGAGGAACCUCUAUCGGGAUAUGGACGAUGACCGACCUGGCGGCGUGGGCAUUUACUUUGUCUCUCACGUUGGAGGACACAAGUUUUCUGCGAACGUGCUCGUCUAUCGCAAGAAAGAACAGCAGAUGAUCUGGCUGGCGAGGGUCAAGCCAGAGCACUGUGAAGGGAUUGUGAACUACACCGUCCUGGAAGGAAAGGUUGUUCACCCGGAGUGGCAGCUGCGAGGUGGAUUCGACAGAGCUAAGCGAUUGACGAGCUGGUGA